AUGCCUCUCCCACAUCCCCUUUCAGCCCUGAAUACAGUGGAAACCAACCUUGCACGCGACAUUGUGAAAGCGGCACACCCUGGUGCAUUGCUGUACUUUAGACAAUCCUACCUUUUUGAGCCUCCCAAGGAGGAAGUUCUGAAGUUCCUGGAACUUGAGCACUCUAAUGCUUUGCACGCUGCGUCUCCAAGACCUGACCGUUGCGCUCAGGUCUUUUACGACAUUAUUGGCGGUGCAUCAAAGACUCAGUACUAUGAGUCUGUAGUCGAUCUCACAAAGAAGACCAUUGUGGACCAACAGGUUGUUAGUCCCGAGCAUCAAUCUAGCUUGACGCUCUACGAAUUUGACGAGGUCGUCAAGGCAGUCGGAGAAUCAGAGCUCUUCAAAGAAAAGCUCGCAAAGAUCAAGCUCCCACCGGGAUUUGAGAUUGUCGUCGAGCCAUGGCCCUACGGUGCGCCAGAUCUUGAGGAUGGAAACACGCGUUUCUUCCAAGCCCUGAUCUUUGCACGUGAUACUCAAAACGGACACCCUGACUCUAACUUCUACGCCUACCCCGUUCCUCUCAUUCCGGUGAUGGACGCGCUGACCAAGAAGAUUGUCCGCGUUGAAGAGCCAGCUACAGGAGGCAAGGGCGAUAGUCUUACAGAAAAGACCCACGCGCCUGGUCUCCUUGACCACUGCAAACCCGCCGAGUAUGUUCCUGAACUUGUUGAGGGUGGUACACGAAAGGACUUGAAGCCAUUGAUGAUUUUGCAGCCUCAAGGCCCAAGUUUCUCUGUCACGGAAGGAAACUUGGUUCAGUGGCAGAAGUGGCGCAUGAGAGUCACUUUCAACCCUCGUGAGGGUGCUGUUCUUCAUGAUAUCCGUUAUGAUGGACGUCCUGUCCUGUACAGAUUGAGUAUCAGUGACAUGACUGUUCCUUAUGCUGAUCCCCGAGCACCUUACCAUCGCAAGCAAGCCUUCGACUUUGGUGACGGAGGUCUUGGCCACUGUGUCAACAGUCUAACUCUCGGAUGCGACUGCUUGGGAGUUAUCAAGUACUUCGAUGGUGUCCUCAUCGACUCAGAUGGAACAGCCUUGGAUACCAAGAACGCAAUCUGUCUCCAUGAGCAAGACAACGGUAUCGGCUGGAAGCACACCGACUGGCGCACUGGCCGAGCCGUUGUUACCCGCCGACGCGAAUUGGUUAUCCAAUUCAUCAUUACCCUGGCCAACUACGAGUAUGUGUUCAACUACAAGUUCGACCAAGCCGCAGGUAUCGUCGUGGAAGCCCGCGCAACAGGAAUCGUCUCGGUUGUCAACAUUGACCCCGGCAAGACUAGCGAUUGGGGCAACGUCGUUAGCCCUGGCGCUCUUGCGCAAAACCAUCAGCACGUCUUCUGUGUCAGAAUAGAUCCUUCUAUUGAUGGCACAAAGAAUACUGUCGUCCAAGAAGAGAGUCUCCCUUUGAGAAUGGACAAGCGGACAAACCCCAAUGGCAACUUGUAUGAGGUUUGCCAGAAACAAAUCACCACAUCUCAAGGUCUCGACGCAGCCCCGUUCAACAACAGGGUCUUCAAGGUGCAAAACCUAAACAAACGAAACCCCAUAUCUGGAAAACCGGUCGGCUACAAGAUCACACCACCGCCCACUCAACUCCUGCUUGCCGACCCCAACAGUGUGCAAGCCAAACGCGCACUCUUCGCAAAGCGCCACAUGUGGGUUACAAAGUACAAGGACCACGAACUUUACGCUGGUGGUCGGUACACUUUGCAGUCCAAGCUUGAAGUCGGGGGUGUAGCCGACGCAGCUAAUCGGUGCGAUGAUGUGCUGAAUCAGGAUCUUGUCCUGUGGAGCGUCUUUGGACUUACGCAUAACCCUCGAAGCGAGGAUUGGCCAGUCAUGCCUGUCGAGAUGCUUCAGCUGCAUAUCACGCCGUCAGACUUUUUCACAAGGAACCCGGCAAUUGAUGUGCCGAGUGACAAGGAUAUUGGAUCCAAGUUGACAUCGGGAUGCUGCAAGGAAGAGGGACCCAAGUUGUAA